AUGAUCGAUGGCCUCUGUGAAAACUGCAUUAUCUCUUCAAAAAUAGAGAGCGAGCAGUUCCUGACGGAGCUGAGCAGACUGUUCCCAAAGUGCUGGACGACGGGCAGAGUGUUCAUCACCCUGAUGAAGUGCGAUGGCCGCACCAAACCCACCCCGAGGAAGGGCACUGGGGAGGGCUUUGAACCUGCGGAGAACAAGUGUCUGCUGAGAGCUACUGAUGGGAAAAAGAAGUUCAGCUUCGUGGUGAGCUCCAGAGAUGGGAAUAAGUUUCAGAUGGUGUAUUCCAAUCUUCUAAGAGCCAAUAAGGAUGGGCUGAAGAAGAGGGAUAAACAGAACAAGAACAAGAAGACCAAAGCAGCAGCAGUUCCAGCAGCAGCGGCUCCAGCAGCAGCUCCAGGAGCGGCAGUGGCAGCAGAGGGCCUGGCAGCGGCAGCAGCAGCAGUGAUGGUAGUGAACACAAUGGAGAUCCAAGACUCGUGCAAGUGCAGAGAAGAGAAAGCUUAG